ACAAGAGCACCCGAACAAGUUAUUGAGAUCUCGCGAUAUUUCUGUGAGCCGAGGGAUUUAUCAUGGCGGCUAGCUGUUGUGGGGUGAAGAAACAAAAGCUCAACAAUUCGAUGCCAUCGAUUUGUUGUAAUGGCUCCGCAGUUCAUCCGAAUACCUUCAAAAAUGGUUACAGUGUAGCCUGUCGCGACAUGUGUUACUUCUGUUUUGACGUUUUGCACAGUUAUUUGCAUAAUUAUGAUCCGCCCAGAAACCCAGCUUUCACCAACGAUGCAUAUCCAUUGUUUGUCACAUGGAAAAUAGGUAGUAACCGCCGCCUGCGAGGAUGUAUAGGGACAUUCUCUGCCACCAACCUUCAUAGUGGCCUCAGGGAAUAUGCUGUCACUAGUGCUAUGAAAGACAGCCGUUUUAGUCCGAUAACCAAGGACGAGUUUAGCAAACUGUAUGUAUCUGUGUCCAUACUCACCAAUUUCGAGGAUGCCAAAGACUUCGAAGAUUGGGAGGUGGGGACCCAUGGCAUUAGGAUUGAGUUUUUAAAUGAGAAAGGCCACAAAAAAACAGCCACCUAUUUACCAGAGGUUGCUAUUGAGCAAGGAUGGAACAUAGAACAAACAAUAGACUCUCUACUCCGCAAAGGUGGCUUUCGCGGAACUAUAACAAACGAAGUUCGUAGGAAUUUACGAUUGACUCGAUAUAGGAGUGAAAAAAUAAUGGUAGCCUAUGGGGACUAUGUGGGCUCCAAACAAAACGGCCAUGCAUGAUGAUAGCAAUGUACAGCAAUGUCUCCUGGCAGCAGUAGAGGACUACCAACAACAUAGGCGGACAACUACUCAUUCACCAUGGAAUAUAUGUUGAAUAUCUGUAAAAUCUCGUACAAAUGUAAUCAUGCGACUUGUGCCGAAUAUGUACAUGUUGUAUUACAGGCUUCAAUAUAUGACAUGUUUCCAGAGCCAGGGUCCCUUGAUAUUAUGAGUUUAGAUUAUAAAGGAGCCAUCAGAGAUACUAAUAGCCCCAAUAAAAUGCAUUUGUUUUUAAGAAAUUAGUCAUGUGAUGUAAAAAAAAAA